UGUGCCUAUAUGACAACAAAAACAAUGAUAAUAUUUUAAAUUAUUGUUUUAUUCGAUAAUUUUCAUGUAGUACACUAGUACAUACAAUUCGAAAAUUAUAAUCAAGAGUAAAAUGUAAAUACAUUCGAAAUGUAAAGGGUUCGGGAACUGUAGGAGUUACAUAUUAUUAUAAUUCUACAUGCUUUCGAUUUAUAGCAGACCAAGCUAAAAAUGCUAACUAUACAAUCGAAAAUUUAAAAUAUAUACAGUAAGUUCCCGUUACAACAAAAAAUCCCGUUAUAACGAAAUUUAUAGAUGUCCCAUACCGAAAAGCUAUUUUUACAAGUUUAAAUAUAUUUUUCCUUCUUUAAUCUAAAUAUAACAAGCACACAAUUUAAUAAAAUUAUAAAGUCAUUAAAUUGUCAUUAUGUGUGACUGUGUUAUUCUGCGUCAAUCUAUAACGUAAUACAAUCAGUCGAGUGUAUAUCUUCAUAUAGCUCACUCGUUAGUCAUUUAAGUAUUUUACGCUCUUUCUUUAUUGUACACAUGCAAGUGAUGGGUCCUACAGCGAAAAGAAAGCAAUUUUCGUUGAAAGAGAAGAAAAUCAUAAUUUCUGAAGUAGACAAAGGAUUGAAGAAAGGUGAGGUGGCAAAAAAGUACGGCAUAUCUCCAUCAACAUUGUCAACCAUUUUGAAGGACCGAGAAAGCAUCUUGAAACAACUGCAGACUUCUGUUUUCGUCCCGAGCAGAAAAAGGAUGCGUAUGGCGCAAUAUGAAGACGUUGAUAAGGCGGUUUACAAAUGGUUUCAAGAUGUUCGUUUCAGAAACGUCCCUCUGACCGGUCCUUUAAUUCGAGGAAAAGCCUUAGAAUUUGCUAAAAUGUUCAAAGUUGAGAAUUUCCAAGCAAGUGUCGGAUGGUUAAAUCGUUUCCGAGAGCGGUAUGGCAUUGUGACCAAAUUCAUUUCUGGAGAGGCGAGUGACGUGCCAAAUUCUGUUUACGAAUGGCGAAAUGGAGAAGUUGCAGCACUCAUUAAUAAAUACAGCCCGAACGAUGUCUUUAAUGCGGAUGAAACUGGAGUGUUUUUUCAACUUGAACCAAAAAGGACAUUAGCCCAGAAAGGAGACAAGUGUGUAGGGGGUAAAACUUCCAAACAACGCAUCACCGCUCUGUUCUGUUGUAACAAAUCGGGAACGGAGAAACGAAAAAUUCUCAUCAUCGGUAAAUCAGCAAAACCUCGUUGUUUUAAAAACUGUAAAUCAUUGCCAUGCAUCUAUAAAUUUAAUAACAAAGCACGGAUGACUCAAAUAAUUUUUAACGAUUGGUUAAUAGAUUUUGAUAAAGAAAUGAAAAAGAAAAACAGGAAAAUUCUUCUUCUUAUCGACAACUGUACUCCACAUAAUGAACCACCAAAAUUGGAUAACAUUCGUGUAGAAUAUUACCCAUCUAACUGCACAGCUGUACUUCAACCUCUUGACCAAGGUAUCAUCAGAGCUGUAAAAUCACGCUACAGAACUUUUUUGUUACGUCAAAUUGUGUGUGAUUUAGAGAAAAAUAUCCAAAGAAAAUGCAAUGUGAAGGAAGCUAUCGAAUGGAUAUGCGGAGCUUGGGAUGAUAUCAGCCAAUCAACAAUAACUAACUGUUGGAAACAUGCAACCACAACCAAAGACGUCAAUUCUGUUUCAGAAGUGGCCGAAUAUGAUGAAUUAAAUACGCACGACACCCAGCAAUCUGAGUUAGAGCAAAUUUGGAUCACUGCGAAAAAUAAAACGUCACUUCCUGACGGUGUGAAUUUAGAAGAUUAUGUCAGUGUAGAUGACAACAUUUCAACAUGUUAUGAACUAACCGAAGUAGACAUUCAAUCCAUAAAAAACAGUAAAGACGAGGCCACCGACGAAAGUAGUGAAGAUGAAGAAGCUGUGAUGUUAGAUGAUGUGCGCAAUAUCACUUCAUCAGAAGCCUUAUCAAGUUUGGAAGUAAUACGAAAAUUCAUUACAUUACAAAGUGAUGUACCAGACUUCAUAUUUACAAACAUUCACCAACUACAAAAUUAUUUACUUUCUAUUAAAACAGAAAACCUUGUCCAAAAAAGAAUUGUCGAUUAUUUGUAAUACAUAUUUUUCUCAACCUUGGAGUUCGUUGUAACGGGAAUUUACUGUAUAUUGAAUAUUUUGUAAAUUUUAAAGAAAAAGUUCAUAUUUCAUUGAAUUUCUUAUGCAUAUUAAACAUAUAUAAUUUUUUUUUCUUAACCUAUGAAAUUUGAAUAACAUAUAAAAUUCAAUAUAAUUCUGUGUAGGUAUUUAUUAUCAUCGUUGCAGUCGAAUAUUAAUUUGACGACAACAGUCGCGAUGUGCAUUUAAUAAUCUAUAUAUUGUAGCGUUAAUAGCUACACCAAAAUAUUAUGUUAUAGUCAAUAAGUUAUCGAUUUAACUUAUUGUAAAUCUAUUACUGAUUUAUUUGUUAGUAAAUUUGUUGUACACGAAUGAUGUUUUACAGUUUUUUAAGUUAGUACCUAUCUUGGUAGAUUAGCUUUUAUUU